AUGCAAGUGAACAGCCAAGACAGUAAUGGUCCGGUCAGAACCAACGACAAUAACAAGAGGGAGAGAGAAUGGUUAGAAUUAAGCCUUCGUAGAACAUCUAGCAGCAAGGAACCCAGGGAUUACCGUCAAACCGAACCCACAUUUCCCAAGAUCUUUACUUGCAACUUCUGCGCGAGGAAAUUCUAUAAUUCACAAGCAUUGGGAGGUCAUCAAAAUGCUCACAAAAAAGAAAGAGGAAUAGCUAGAAGGUAUCUAUCUCCAAGAACACUUGGUGUUGGUACUCACUCAAUUGUCGUGCAAAACCUUAACAUAUUAGAAGGAACUACUGUUGAACAUUUUGCCGAUAUGGAAGCCUCGUGUGUAAGUGGUAGCUGUGUUGCUGGUUCUGGUCCUAGUGCUGGUCAGGGAGGUGGUGGAGCAAAGUGA